AACUUAUAAACAACUCAAAAAUUCUUGAUACAACUUUUAAUAUACCAGCCAAUCAAGUUCAACCAAUAUUCACCCAAUUUGCGCCUAAUCUUGAGUCAAUUCAAAAUGCUUUUAAAUAUAAUAAAAAGUCAUACUAUUUAAUUUGUUCUUUAAUAGAUAAUUAUAAAGUCAAGGGUACUGUUAUAUCAAAACAAUAUAGUGUUAUAGAUAUCCAAGAUUCUAAAGAACAAGCUGUGCUUCUUGGUGUUGUAUCUACUAUUGUACUGGUUCUUUUAACUAAAUAUCCAGAUUUUUUGGAAAUAGAUUCUACUGGCCAUCACAAUGGCCUAAAUUUUCCAAAUAUUGUUUUUAUGAUUAGAUUAAAUAAACUCUGUGGUCAAGUUGUAGCAAUAUUCAUAAAUGACAAGGAGACAAUACCAGUUGUCAAUCUUAUGUUUGAGCAAACUACUCUUAUAGAUACAAAGAAGCUUCAAGUUACUACUGGAAUUGCAAAUUUAGUCAUUGCAGAGACUAUU